ACGCGAAAGUCAGGGCUGCGACUGUGCAUGAUGUUAAUGUGACUUAAAAGUUGUUUCAGAGUCAAUGCCACAAAUAUGUAGCAUAUGAAGCAACGCCAAAUCAUGUUGGAAGCAAAGAUGUCACAGGCAAGAGGACGGUAAACUGUGGUCACAGGUCGGUAGAGGAAGACUGCCGUAAAAAAUCGUUACUAUGGUUACACCCGCCAGCUAGCUGCUGCAAAUGAGAAUGUGGGCGUAAACUAACGGUUUUUGAGACCAACUUGGAUUUGAACUAGGACAUCGUUUGUCGUUGCAGCCAGCAGAGACAGCAAGGCGAAGCUAACAGCAUGGAAGAAUUGGAUGAUGUCGCAGUGUCGAUUUUAAGGGGAGUCUGGCCAAGAACACUCAAAAUUAUCGGGCAGUUCCUCCUUCAAUGCAUCACCCAUGCGACAGACAUCCACUCCUGUGAACGCAAGUCCUCCAAAGUGCACAACCCCUGAAAAGGUUGUGAAGUUAUCCUUUCCAGAAUAUGUUUUGCACAUCGACACAGAACUUGAGCAAGUCCGACAACAGUACUUUGAGUUGGCGAAGACAGGCAAACAGCGCAACUGCCAGAUGUCAAAGGAGCUCAGAUGCCGGCUCAUUCGAAACACCAUGACCAGUAUGAUUGCAAUCCUGAGGGCAAAGGGGGAUCGAGAUUCACACAGAUACCCAUCAAAGCCAGAAAUUACUGCAAUGGCAAAGAGAAUAGUACUGUACUACCCCAUGCUGCAGGACCAAGGCCACCAUACAUGGGUCACUGUGUACUCACAGCUAUACAAAAGAUUGCAAAAUGUGAGAUCCCCCCAAAAAAGAACUCCAGAUGGGAGACAUUCAAAGAGCUCUACAAAGAGGCGCUGUCUUGAGCAGCCAACAGACAUAGAUGAAAUGGAUUCAAGUGACUCAACAAUCAUUCUAGAUGGGUCCACAGAAGGAAGUGGCAGCCCAGGCUCAGACCCUAAAGAAAGUGAUUUAGAAGGAAAAAGAAAAUCCCAAAGCCUACCUGAAUAUCCACCCUCUGCCCUGUCCAGUCCUGAUGCUAACAAGUCUGCAGAUGGUGACAGUCCAGACACCAGUCCAGCAACCUUGGCCAAGCACUACAAGGCCCUACAAACUUUGUAUAAAAGAAAAAUCCAAACCACCAGGAUGUUUCUCAUGUCUUGGAUUUGGAAUUUGUAG